UCUUUAUAUCUGAACAUGACUGGAAGAGGUAAAGGAGGAAAAGGUCUAGGAAAAGGAGGCGCCAAGCGUCAYCGUAARAUCCUYCGKGAYAACAUCCARGGWAUUACCAARCCCGCYAUCCGUCGUCUUGCUCGUCGUGGUGGAGUCAAGCGWAUCUCUGGCUUGAUCUACGAAGAAACCCGUGGCGUCCUCAAAGUAUUCCUUGAGAAUGUGAUCCGUGAUGCUGUSACSUACACCGAGCACGCCAAGAGAAAGACUGUMACUGCCAUGGACGUCGUGUAUGCCUUGAAACGCCAAGGACGGACUCUUUACGGAUUUGGCGGUUAGACRACUUGAUCAUCACACAAUCAAAACAACGGCUCUUUUAGGAGCCAACAAUUUAAGCAAAAGUCAUGACAGUGCAAUGAAUUAUAAGCCAUUCAAAUGCCAC